AUGCAUAAGAUUCGGUAUAAAGAAUCUUAUCUUCACACAAAAUUAAUGCGUCAACAUCGUCGUGAUGUAUUAUCAAAAAAGAAAACAAUCAAUAUUUAUCCACAAAUCAUCGCCCAUGUUUCUAAAGUCUCAUUAAAUCGUAUUCAAUUAGAUUCUCUUUCACGUAAUUAUAAGAGUGGUAUUUUUCAUAUUGGUCAUGUAAGAGAUUAUGAACAGAAAGCUGAAGCUUAUCAACAAAAAAUUGGAACUUAUACUGAAUUAACAAGUGAUCCAUUAUGGACAGUAUUUGAUAAUGAUAAAUUACUUCGACCCUUAUUUGAUAAACAUGUUCGUUCAACAACCAUUAUUGAUGGUGUUGAUUUAAUUCGUCGUCUUGAAAUAUAUGUUGCUAAUAAUUAUAUUAAACCAAAAUUACUAUCGAAACGGAAAGGUCGUGCCGGUUGCCGUUUUUCAAAUAACUUUUUAACGAAAGGUCUUAGCGGCCUGCGGUUUUCACCAUCGUAUAGAGGACACUUAAAGCCAUAUUUUUAUAAGCAAAA